AUGACCAUCUUGAGCAAUGUUAUAAAGGAUCAACGGUACGCUGACGCUAUUCGAGUGCUGCAGUAUGAGGUACAGUGGACUCCAAAUAGCCGUGCCGGACUUUCUUUGUUAGGUUAUUGCUACUACUAUACUCAAGAAUAUGCUUUGGCAGCCGAAUGUUAUGGACAACUUACAAAACAGUGUCCAACACAUUCCGAAUAUGCACUCUACUAUGCUCAGUCGUUGUAUAAUGCAUGUAGUUUCGACGAGGCAAUUAGUGCCGUAUCACAGAUUGAAGAUCAAAAGCUUGUUAACGAUAUCGUCAAACUAGAAGCAGCGGUAAAAUACCGAGAGGAAGAUUUGAACAAUGCAAAAAUUUUAAUUGAACAAUUCACUCCAAAUGAUCCAGAAACAGAAAUUGACCUUGCUUGUAUUGAAUAUAAGGAGGGUAAUUAUAACGGCGCACUUGAACGUUUUACUAAGGCAACCGAAUUUCACGGUUACAAGCCGAAGUUAGCGUACGCCCUUGCAUUAUGCCAUUAUCGGCUACAGGAAUAUUCACAAGCCCUGAAAUACAUUGCCGACAUAAUUGAUAAAGGGAUCAAAGAUCAUCCAGACUUGUCAAUUGGUAUGGUUACUGAAGGUAUUGAAGUUCGAUCCGUCGGAAAUACAUUAAUGCUUCACGAAACUGCACUUAUAGAGGCUUGCAAUCUGAAGGCUGCCAUUGAGUACAAACUAAAGGACUUCGCAGCAGCAGGUGAAGCACUAACGGAUAUGCCGCCAAGGUCAGAGUCUGAACUUGAUCCUGUAACACUGCAUAAUCAAGCACUCAUCAACUUUGAAGCAGAUCCGACUGGCGGUUUUGCCAAACUGCAGUACUUGUUGACGCAAAAUCCAUUUCCUCCAGAAACUUUUAGCAAUCUUCUGCUACUUUAUUGUAAAUACGAAUUCUACGAUUUGGCUGCCGAUGUCUUAGCAGAGAACGCUCAUCUUACUUACAAAUAUUUAACCCAGUAUCUAUACGAUUAUAUAGAUGCCGUACUAACCCAACAAACAUCUCCUCUCGAGGCCUACGAUAAGUUUGAUGCAAUUGCGAGUGAACAGGAAAGUGAAUUACGAAAACUUACAAAACAUGUUGAGGAAAUAAAGCAAAAAAACGAUGAAAAAGCUAUUAAAGAAGCUGUGGAUACAUACGACGAGACAAUGGCAAGAUAUCUACCAGUACUGAUGUCACAAGCAAAAAUUUAUUGGGAUCAAAAAGAUUACAUUAAAGUUGAGAAAAUUUUUAGAAAAUCUGUAGAAUUUUGUAGUGAAAACGAUAUUUGGAGGCUAAACGUCGCUCAUACACUGUUCAUGCAGGAAAACAAGUAUAAAGAAGCAGCAGGAUUUUACGAACCAAUAAUUAAGAAAAAUUUUGACAAUUUGCUGGAUGUUAGUGCAAUAAUCCUCGCAAAUUUGUGUGUCUGCUAUAUCGCUACCGACCAAAAUGACGAGUUUUUCAACCUUCUCUCCCUACAACAGGCAGCAGAACUAAUGAAGAAAGUUGAAAAUGAAGAACUUAUGGCUGUCGAUGAAUCAAACGCUAAAAAGAGUUUCCACUUGUCCAUAAUAAAUCUGGUUAUGGGAACUCUAUACUGUUCCAAAUGGAAUUACGAAUUCGGUAUGUCAAGAAUUAUCAAAGCUAUGAAACCAUAUGAGAAACAAUUGAGCACAGACACAUGGUUUUACGCUAAACGAUGCAUCGUUGCCGCAAUAGAAAAUAUUGCCAAACGUAUAAUGAACCUUCCAGAUUCAGUGCUACAAUCGUGCUUGAAAUUCUUAGAACAAUGUGAAACUCAUGGAAAAGCUAUUCCUGUCCAACACAAAGAAUUAAAUUUGGAACCACAAAACAACAAUGCAAAAAAUACAGUCACUUAUGAAGCCAGACUCCUGAGAGCUCGUUUACUGCAGGUUAUUGACUAUUAA